AAGUUAACAUUACUGUAUUUUCAGCCUAUAACAACUAUGACAAUCACUGCGUGUUUAUCAGGCUACUGUUGUGUUUGUAAACGUUAGCUAGCCAUGCCCAGUACUGAAAUGUAAACUGGAAUUGUUGUGUGAAUGUGACAUGUUUCAGACUCAUAACGUUUUAUAAAAAGGUAUCCUGAGGAGUUUUAAUUGAUCAAAAUGAUCAUGUUUAUUAGCUGGAUUUAGCCGCUGCUGUAGUCUCGUGACUUCUGUCAUUGAAAUCAGAAAGUUCUAGAUCUCGGUUUGGUGUCGGUAAGGUUUGUUUCCGUUAUAAUGUGGUUUCCACUAAUGAAAGUAAUUGACCUUCUUUGGAUUGAAACAUUGACGUGUUUACAUGUGUUGAGUGUAUUAUCAAAGCCCUGCACUAGACAUAGCACACAUAUUUGAGGAUGUGCAUAGCCAGCAGUGGUGUAGAGUAACCAAGUACAUUUACUCAAGUACUGUACAAUUCUUUAGGUACUUGAGUAUCUCCAUGUUCUGCUACUUAGUACAUCCAAGUCAUUUCAGAGGCUGUAACGUCUACAGUGUGAGUGUGCAGUCCUCCUUGCCAGGGAAGGAGAGGCACCAGGGACCAUGAGUGAAAUGGCCCUCAUACUGAGGCGACGAUGUACUUCGAGGUAGAGGUGGAUCACCUGGGGCGGGAUGAUGACGACGAAGAAGAAGACAAGAUCCACUUUGACAAAGAUGAUGACCUGAUCGCCGAGCCUUCAUCGUCAUCUGGUCGGGUGUACGACCGCACAACAGUACUCAUUGAGCGGGACCCUAUCCGGCUAGAUGAGGAGGGCGAAGAGGAGGGUCACUGUGGAGGGGACGAGGACGGGGUCACCUUCCUCACUGAAGGGGAAGGUGAUGGAGAUGAGGAGGAUGGCUCUCUGGCUUUUAUGUCUGACCCUGAUGGCAUGUCACAGGGAUAUGUGCACCACACUAUUUCUCCAGACCAGAUCCAGUUCACAAUUAAUCCAGGCUCCACCCGUAUGCCACGCAACAUAGAGGGGGCCACCCUCACCCUGCACUCCGAGUGCCCCGAGACCAAGCUGAGAGAGGUGAAGCGCUACCAGUGCAUGUUCGAAGGCUGCACCAGGACGUACAGCACGGCGGGAAACCUGCGAACACACCAGAAGACGCAUCGGGGCGAGUACACAUUUGUGUGUAAUCAACAGGGCUGUGGAAAGGCCUUCCUCACCUCCUACAGCCUCAAGAUCCACGUCCGCGUUCACACCAAGGAGAAGCCGUUUGAGUGUGAUGUGCAGGGCUGUGAGAAGGCCUUCAACACGUUAUACAGACUGAAAGCACACCAGAGACUUCACACAGGCAAGACAUUCAACUGUGAAUCAGAGGGAUGCUCCAAGUACUUCACCACGCUGAGUGACCUGAGGAAGCACAUUCGCACACACACUGGGGAGAAACCGUUCCGGUGUGACCACGACGGCUGUGGUAAAGCCUUUGCUGCGAGUCAUCACCUGAAAACACAUGUACGGACACACACAGGGGAGAAGCCUUUCAACUGCCCCAGUGACGGCUGUGAGAAGACGUUCAGCAGCCAGUACAGUCUGAAGAGUCACAUCCGGGGCCACGACAAAGGACAGCCAUUCACCGUCACCCUCACACAUCCGCUCUCUGAAGAUGCAAAUCACUCGCUGUGCCUCAGUGACCUGAGCCUCAUCUCGACAGACUCAGAUCUCCGGGAGAACAUCCAUAAUGCUCAAUUGGACCUGAACAAUGUGACUCCUGUGAAAAUCUUUGAGCUCAUGUUCCAGAGUCCUGAAAAUAGUGUCAGCCAAGAUGAAGCCCAUCCCAACGAGAGCCUUAUUGAAUCGUUCAGCCUGGAGAUGUCGACCCCACGGGGAGCGACUGACGGCUCGUCUCUCAUCUCUUUCUCUUUCCAUCCUACCUGCUCAUCCUCCUGCUCACACUCCACUUCAGUCAUGGAGGCUCCUUCACGGCUCAUCCAGAGUUCCUCUUCGCAGGCCUCCACCCCCGCCCCUGUCACUGCCACCGUCAGCUCCACGCAGCCUACACCUUUCGUGCAAGUGACCAGGCCUCAGCAGAUCCCUGAUGUGCCUGCCAAGGCACCUGCCCAAGCACCAAACAGUGGCCCCCCCCAGCACUUUGUGACAAUACCACCCACAUUCCUGCAGCCGGAUAAUGCCCCCACGACUGCUCCCAUCCCACCUGCCAUCUCCACCUCCCCUCCUGUGGCUCCGUCGCUGACCGCCGCAGCACCGGGCCCUGCAGCUGUGGUUGCAGCACCCCCAACAGACACAGCUGCUGUGGAAGCGGCGGCUCAACCUUUGCCUUUGACCAACAACCCUGUCUCCCUCCCCGUCCCCAACCCCGGCACGGGUUUGGCUCCCGCCCCUGCCACCAUCACCAUAGGUCCCACCUCCAACCUGCUGCAGCCCAGCCUGGUCAUGUCUGACCAGAACCUGCAGUGGAUCCUCAGCAGUGCUGCUAACAGCCAACAGAACCCCGACCAAGCAACACAUCAAGGAGCUCCAAAAGUGGAAAAGGUUUUCUUCACAACGGCCAUACCAGUGGGAGGAAAUGCCGGCAACUCGGUCCAACAGAUCGGCCUCAGUCUGCCCGUCAUCAUCAUCAAACAGGAGGAGUCCUGCCAGUGCCAGUGUGCCUGCAGGGACGCUGCUAAAGACAAGACUUCAAAGAGUGCUUCCUCCAUUGUUUCAGCCCCAGCCCAGCCGCAACCACCAGAGCCGCCCCCUCCCCCGCCUUCACAGCCCCCAGAGCCUCCACAACAUCCACCCUCCUCUUCUACAUCUUCUCCAAGCAGCCUCCCCGAGUCUUCCUCAAAGGUGGGUGAGGUGUUACCGGAGGCCCCCUCUUCUUCUGCUUCCUCCUCCAAAGCUCAGACUUUCUCCUCGAUAGUGAGCAGCACUGCCACAAACUCUCCCUCGUCUGAAGGGUUAGCCAAUAUGUACGUCUCGGAUUUCCUCUCCCUGCAGAGUCCGGAGACGGCGGACAACAUUGAGGCUCUGCUGCUGCAAGCUCAUGACUUCAGCAUGACCACUGACAGCAACCCUUAGAAGAGCUGCGUCCUGCACCGUGUGUUCCCUGCUGCACCCACUCAUCCACACACAUCAAAUCCACCCACUUCUCGAGUCCUUCUCCACAGCGAGGCCUCUUCUUUCUCUUAUAUAGAGUGUGUAUCGAGCCUCCUGUACCUGCAGUUCGUUCAGUUCUGUGUGGCAUUGCGCAACAUAUACACUAACCAGAAGUGAUUUAUUUUCUGUUGAGUCUCUUUGUAGUAGCUGAAAACAGGAUUAGUUUGCUUAUUGAGAUUUAACAACGUUAAUGCAUAAUGAAUGCAGGGAAAAGGCAGUAGAUCCUCUUGUUAUGAACAUAAUCAAAGUGUACAUAAUAACCCUCGAUAUUCACUCUGAAUCGAUCGAAACAAAUGAGUGUUGUCCAAGCACUGAUGACUUAAUAUUUCCAUGUUCCUGGCUUAAAGGCCAGACACCUGAGCAGGAAAACAAAGCAAGUCUGUAUAUCCUUGUACUGUACUACCGGUCCAAACAAAUGCUUCUAGCUGGUAUGCAACAGACCAGAAUGCACUGUUUAUUAGACGAAUGUGAUUUGAAUAAGCAUUGCUCCCAGUAAGAAUUUGACGAGGUUGGCCACAAAGCCCCUCUUACUCAAAAUGAAGUAAUUCCUCAGUGUUUUUGUUUUCUACGAAGACUAGUGUAGUCCAGAAAAUGUGAUUAAUCCCUUCCUUUUUUUUUUUACAUCUUUUGACGGUUAUUUACUAAUUGAGAAAAGAACCUGGGAUCGCAUCUGCCUGUUUUUUAAGUGAAAUUAAUACAUCAUAAGUUGCCUAUAACUUUUUUUUAACUAAUUUAAAAUUGUACAUGUUAAUUUAUUUAAAUACUUGAUUCUUUCAUUUUACUUUCAAUUAUCUUCAAGAUAGUAGUGCAAAAUCUAAUAAUUUAUUCCAAUCACUUGUUGUACUUUAAGCUGUGUUUGUGUUACUGAUUUGAUCUUUUGCUUUUCUUUUCUUUUUGUGAACAUAAUGGGUAUUGCUAAAAGCAAGCUUGAGAAAAGAGUAUAGUAGACUGCACAGUAAAACAAAUUAUCUCUGAGGAUCUGCUUGUUUGCAAAGAUUGUCCACAUGAAACAGUAAGAAACUACUGUCAACAUCCCAUAUUUUAUAGGGUUGUGACCCUCUCAGGGAUGCAUCAAGUCAUUAGUGAUCCUGGUUCCCUUAAUUUAUUACUCAAACGUUUCUCUCAGCCCCACACUUGCAGCUGCCCUUCGUUUUGCUGCACUCUUCCCUGUUAAUGCACACUGAGAUCUGACAGCUUGUUGGCUGAGGUGCAGAACCACUACAGACCUUUUUGUACACACCUGCUGUAAAGUAGCAUUUUAAAAAAAAGAUGGUGUCCUGGCGACAGUGUAAAUACAGUACAUUUUAGUGUAAAGAUCUUUGCGAAACUUGUAGAUUAUUCUAGAAUUUGUAUUUUUGUAUAGACCUUUGAAUUACUUCCUCUCAGAGUUUGGAGCUAAUGUAUACCCUCUAUCCUAUCCUUGCAUUCUAACCACAGUCUCAUUUAUGCAGGAGAGCUUUCGCUGUGUUAAGUUGAAUUGUUCUUCAAGCAGCUGGGCUUUAUGUACAGUCCCCAUAUUAACAAAAUAUAUGAAACGCAUAGCCUCAUGCUCAGAGUAUAAUUUAACGAUAUUGUUUCACACGGGACACAAUGCAAUGAUGAUAGAACGAAGGCAUUAUGCCCCGUAUGCUAGAGUGUAGAGCUACUCGGCCUUACAACACAACUGUUCUGUGAGCCUCCUUGCCUUCACAGUCUCCGCUUCAGACAGACCUGCCAUUGAAACGCCGACACACUCAUCUUCAUUGAGUCUCAGGCAAUCACACAGCAGCAAAUCACAAUGAGGCAUCGAGACAGAAAAGCUGUCUGUGGGGAAAGUAAUUAAUGGAUAUGCAGCAUAACGAGUGAAGUGACCAGGUUUUAAGGAUCAAAUCUGAUAUGCAUGUCACAUCAUUUAUGUCUGCCUUUUUUUUCCUUUGUUUUUCUGCCAAAAUCUAGAACAGUGAAACUUUCCUUUGACACAAAUGUGCCAAGAAGGCAGUGAGAUAUGUUGUGAAAGGCUGCGGUCACUCAUUUUGUGCUCUCUAAACCAUUCCAUGUAUGCAGUAUUAGAGAUCAGGAGUUUGCACUUGGUUCCAUUGGAUUACAAAAUCGUUUGCUCACCAUUUCCCUAUUAAAGCACUUGCCCGGAAUCAAGUUCAUACCAUAUAUAUUAUCAUAAAUGCAUACAGUCAAAGAACACAACUAUGCAAUUUUACAUGUGGCAUCCAGUUCAAAUAAAGAAUAUUUAUUCCCCCCCCUCCUCUAUUUAAUUAUAUCUUGCCGCAACCUUAUAGGCAGAACAAUGUAAGACAUGUUUAUUGAACUCCAGUAAAUUGCAUUUCAUAUUUAGAGUUUUGUUUAAGGUACUGAUCCCAUGAAUGUUGCAAUACAGCGAUCCUUUGACAUGCUGUUUAAAACCAACUGGACUUGUUUGAAGGAGUAUUUACUGAAUGAGUCAUUGAAAUAUUCUGUUUUAAGAAUUAUUUUUGGUCAAAUGUAUGCAGCUUCUCUUUUUUUUACACUUAUGCGUAAACAUAUUAUUUGGGCUCACUGUAAUCAUCUCAGCUUUUUACUUAAUUAUUUGUUGCCUCAUAAAUCACAAAUAAAAGUUCAACCAGCAGCUGCCCAUAUUUGUUUAAUCAAGAAGCAGAGAAAUUAAAUGUGGCCCAGGUUUUUGUUUGAUUUUAAGUUGACCUAAAGUGGUAUUGAGAGCAAAUCACUGAUGGAGACAUUAGUUUGGAAGCAGCUUGUAAAGUGUUUACGGAAAUCGAGUCCAGAUUUCCUUACAUUUUUCUAAUUGGGCAAAGAAGGACACUAUACGCUUUCGAAAGAAAUGUCUCGACACCCAAAGACUGAGGAAUUGUUAAGGAUUUGUAUUUUUUAAAAGAGAAUGUAUAAUGUGAAAAUGUGUGCUUAUGCUUGUUUCGUACAAAGUAAUAUUAUCAAAAACAUUUCUGGACUGAGAGCAAUAUAAUACUAAUAAAACCUUAUCCUUGUCACUGAAA